AUGCGUGUCGCAUGUCCUCACGAGCUAGGUAUCUGGACUUGCGUAGAGUUUUCACCAUCACGUCCCUUCCCUUCAUCCUUGUAUCACACAGCCAUGGGCCUCAACGUAGUCGCGUUGAUCUCUGGAGGCAAGGACUCGCUGUUCUCCAUACUUCAUUGCCAGGCGAACGGGCACAAGGUGGUAGCGCUUGCCAACUUACACCCACCGCAUCUGGAAAGUGGCCGGGCCGACGAUCUCGAGAGCUACAUGUACCAGACCAUAGGACACAGCAUCGUCCCGCUGUACGAAGAAGCCUUGGAGCUUCCAUUGUACCGGCAAGGCAUACUCGGCGGUGCAGUCAACCAAGCGAAGAGCUAUGGCAGGAACACGACUUCCACCCAAGACACGGAGGACGAAACCGAAUCGCUAGUCCCGCUGCUGCAGAAGGUCAUCGCUGCACAUCCUGAAGUCAACGCUGUCAGUACAGGAGCCAUCCUUUCCGACUAUCAGCGCACACGAGUCGAGAACGUCGCCAUCCGUCUAGGACUCACGCCUUUGUCGUAUUUGUGGCAAUGGCCGAACUUGCCGCCGCACACUCAGAGUACUCUGUUGGAGGACAUGGCUGCAGUUGGACAGGACUCAAGGAUCGUCAAGGUCGCAUCGGGAGGGCUGGAUGAGACCUUCCUAUGGGAAAAUGUUGCCAAUCCUCGCACCAUCGCACGGCUUACCAAGGCCGCAAGUCGAUUUGGAGCUGCCGAUGAUGGUGCCGUGCUUGGUGAAGGUGGUGAGUACGAGACUCUUGCCAUCAGCGGCCCUGCCCCGCUGUGGAAGGGUAGGAUCGAUGUGCCAGAGGAUGGCAUCCAGAUUAUGCCCGGUGAAGCUGGCAGUGCUUCAGUCAGCAUUAAGCAACCUUCUGUGAUUUCAUUACCUGUGAGCGACACCCCGAAGCUCUCCAUCAGGACUCCGCCAUUGCUCGAAGAACUCUUUCGUGAAGUUCUGGACAGCUUGCCCCAGCACGAGAUCCCUGCCACAAAGCUUCUUGAUCCAACAUCAGACCACGACAUCACCAAUGACUCGGUCGCUUGUCUUUGCGACCUGGUCGCCGCCAGUGGCACGAUAGCAGAGCAAACACGCUCCAUCAUGAACGAGGCCACGAAUCGUCUGUCCUUGACAGGACACCAACUCAGCGACAUCACAUACACGAUUAUCACCUUGCGCGAUAUGAAUGACUUCCCGGCCAUCAACACGGUAUACGGCAAUUACUUUACUUGGCCAAAUCCACCAGCACGAGUGACGAUCGCAUGCGCACAGGUCCUUCCACCAACGGCGCUGCUGACAAUGAGCUUCGCAUUCGCUCGUGGACCUCGUGAAGGCUUACAUAUCCAAUCGAGAUCGUACUGGGCUCCAGCGAAUAUUGGCCCAUACUCACAAGCCAUUAAGCUGAGUCACAUUGUCGGAUCUGAUACCGCCCGUGGCCCAGUCUUCAUCGCCGGCCAAAUACCACUGAUACCGGCAAGUAUGGAGCUCCCGCAACCGUUGGCGACGAAGUCGAAUGGUUUCGCCGAGCAGUCGAUUCUGGCGCUGCAACAUCUCGAGCGCAUUCGCCGCGUCAUGAAGGUUCGACAGUGGACAUAUGGCAUCGCUUUCAUCACAAAAGACAAAGAUGAAAGCAUGUCGACGAGCGAACGGGCUGAGAUUGUGCGGCGAGCAUGGUCGGCAUUCCAUCAAACGGCUCCAGCAGACGAUGCUCAAGAUGACACGCCUGAUGACUUCGACGUAUGGAAUUCUGCACACGGCGCCGGAAGGACCCCUUGGCGCGUGCAAGCUUCAGAUCAAGAGGCACCCUGUCAAAUGAAUACGCCGACACCACCGCUCGUUGUCAUCAAUGCUGACAGUUUGCCACGAGGAGCUGAUGUAGAGUGGGUCGGCUGUGGCGAUUCUGUCAGCAGUGGCACCCAUUGCGUUCCAUCUCACAUCCUCAAGCUCUUCGGCACACUGCUGAAUAGUUCAAGAGUCGUACAUGCCAAUGUUUGA